AUGGCGUCCUACUUCUACACUAACUUCGUGCCGACGCUCUUGCAUGCACUCUUUGUCUUUGAAGGCUUGAAAUGCUGUCAUUCCUAUGCCUUAACAAAUGUAAGCUGCAUUGGCACCGAGAGGGAAGCUCUUCUGAAGUUCAAGCAGGAUCUCAUCGAUCCUUUGAGAAAUUUGUCAUCGUGGACCGGUGAGCAUUGUUGUGAGUGGGAAGGAGUCAAAUGCAGUCACAAGACUACUAAUGUCUUGGAGCUUGAUCUAAUUGGUCGCAGUCUGGGAGGUUCUAUUCCUUCUACCAUCGGUCAAUUAUCUUCUCUGAGAUAUUUGGACCUCUCUUAUAACAAUUUGAGCGGGAACAUUCCAGAAAGUCCUAUUCCUUCUACCAUCGGUCAAUUAUCAUCUCUGAGACAUUUGGACCUCUCUUAUAACAAUUUGAGUGGAAACAUUCCUGGAAGUAUUGGGCGACUAUCCAAUCUAGAGUUGAUGGACUUUGGUAAUAAUCGAUUGGAUGGAGUUGUUAAUGAACUUCACUUGGUAAACCUCACCAACUUAACCCAGUUGAGUUUACGGAUUGGGAUCGGGCUUCGCAAUGGCGCUUAUGGGAUUCUGCGGCAUAUUACAUCUCAAUCGAUCUUGGAGGAUCUCCCAUUUUCGAACAGUGGAUAG